AAGUUAGUUUGUUGGAUGAAUGAUUGUGUUUCAAGACACAAUGACGACGAACGAUUCUGGUCGGACGCGACGGUGGACGACUGGGCGAAGGAGAUGGCCGGCAUGAGAAUAAUUGCGGAGAAAUACGCGAACUUGACGGACAACAGCGUGGUUGGCGUGAGGGCACCUUAUCUGAGGGUCGGUGGCAACAAUCAGUUUACGAUGAUGGAGGAACAAGCUUUCCUCUACGAUUCCACAAUCACCGCGGCCCUGAACAACCCACCGCUUUGGCCUUACACCAUGUACUUUAGAAUGCCACACCGAUGCCACGGAAACCUUCAACACUGUCCUACAAGAUCUCACGCCGUUUGGGAAAUGGUGAUGAACGAGUUGGACCGUCGUGAGGAUCCCCAGAACGACGAAUACCUUCCUGGUUGCGCAAUGGUGGACUCGUGCAGCAACAUUUUAACCGGCGACCAGUUCUACAACUUCCUGAACCACAAUUUCGACAGACAUUACGAGCAAAACCGCGCCCCGCUGGGUCUCUAUUUCCACGCGGCCUGGUUGAAGAACAAUCCCGAGUUCCUGGAUGCUUUCCUCUACUGGAUCGACGAGAUCCUGGCCAACCACAAUGACGUCUACUUCGUGACGAUGACCCAAGUAAUUCAAUGGAUCCAGAACCCGCGGACCGUCACGGAAUCGAAGAACUUCGAGCCGUGGAAGGAGAAGUGCAUCGUGGAUGGGCCGCCGGCUUGUUGGGUACCGCACUCGUGCAAGCUGACCUCGAAAGAAGUGCCGGGGGAGACCAUCAACCUUCAGACCUGCGUACGUUGCCCCAACAAUUACCCGUGGGUGAACGAUCCGACCGGUGAUGGAUUCUUCUAAAUCCGUUCCUUAAUCUCUAAGUCAAACCCUUUGAUUCAUCCUCUUGCCUGU